AAGGAGUGAACAUUCUCACUCCCCGCUCUCCAUCUCCGUCACCACCAGUUUGGAUGAGAGUGCCGUCUUUGCUCACGGAGCUGGAAGAGCACCACGUGCAAAGGCUUAGAGUUUGAAGAGUUGAGAUAAAGAAAGAAUCAAUUUUGUAGCCUGAAAAUGGCGUCAGUGGGGAUAGCUCCUAAUCCUGGGGCAAGAGACUCUACUACACAUGCUAUUGGUGUUGAUAAAUUACCUGAAGAAAUGAAUGACAUGAAAAUUCGUGACGAUAAAGAAAUGGAAGCGACUGUGGUAGAUGGAAAUGGAACAGAGACUGGACAUAUCAUUGUGACUACUAUUGGUGGAAGAAAUGGCCAACCAAAACAGACAAUUAGCUACAUGGCUGAACGUGUUGUUGGACACGGAUCUUUUGGUGUUGUGUUCCAAGCGAAAUGUCUUGAGACGGGAGAAACUGUUGCGAUAAAGAAAGUUUUACAAGAUAGGAGGUACAAGAAUCGUGAGCUUCAAACCAUGAGGCUACUUGACCAUCCUAAUGUUGUGUCUUUGAAACACUGCUUCUUUUCAACCACUGAAAAAGAUGAGCUUUACCUCAAUCUUGUUCUUGAAUACGUCCCAGAAACCGUUCAUCGAGUUAUCAAACACUAUAACAAACUGAACCAGAGAAUGCCUCUCAUAUACGUCAAGCUUUACACUUAUCAGAUUUUUAGGGCAUUAUCUUACAUUCACCGGUGUAUUGGUGUGUGUCAUCGUGACAUAAAGCCUCAAAACUUGUUGGUAAAUCCGCAUACUCAUCAAGUUAAACUAUGUGAUUUUGGAAGUGCAAAAGUAUUGGUAAAAGGAGAACCAAACAUCUCCUACAUCUGCUCGAGGUAUUACAGAGCACCUGAACUUAUUUUUGGAGCAACCGAGUAUACGACAGCCAUUGAUGUCUGGUCUGCGGGAUGUGUUCUAGCUGAACUAUUACUUGGACAGCCCUUGUUCCCUGGUGAGAGUGGUGUUGAUCAACUUGUAGAGAUUAUCAAGGUCUUGGGAACGCCUACUAGAGAAGAAAUCAAGUGCAUGAACCCUAACUACACGGAAUUCAAAUUCCCUCAGAUUAAAGCUCAUCCAUGGCACAAGAUUUUCCACAAACGCAUGCCUCCAGAAGCUGUUGACUUGGUCUCAAGACUUCUUCAAUACUCUCCUAAUCUACGAAGUGCCGCUCUCGACACUUUGGUCCACCCAUUCUUUGAUGAGCUAAGAGACCCAAACGCACGUCUACCUAAUGGACGUUUCCUUCCACCACUUUUCAACUUCAAGCCUCACGAGCUGAAAGGUGUACCAUUGGAGAUGGUAGCUAAGUUAGUACCUGAGCAUGCAAGGAAGCAGUGUCCUUGGCUCGAUCUUAUCCAUCCACAAGUCUCCAAUUUUGCGACGAAGGGUCUCUGCAAUCGAUUCAUUACCUCGAAUUUUUGCCCAUUCGGAGAUUCUUGCAGAUACUUUCACCCUAAGAACAAUCCAGGAAGCACAGGAUUCACAAAUAAUACGCAACUUCAUGUUGAUAUGCUUAACCAACACAUCGAAGGAAGUACUUUAAACCGUGAUUAUGUUAGUGGGAGACCAGGAGCUGGUUGGUUUGAUCUUCCGCCAUCUCUGAAACCGCCUCCUGAGCAAGGCUAUCCUCAGCUUCCCUUCAUAGACUGGGGAUAGAGAGAAAUUCUCUGAAUAAUGCUUAGAUUCAACAUUGAUGAUUCUACUUGAAAGUAAAACUAAUCUCUGUCUCGUUGUGAUUUGCCAUUGCCGAGCCUUUGGCCACAAGCGUCUGUCUUGUUACUCAGGCAGAAAGUAUUUUAGAGACAUUGUUUGAUAAAAUGUUGUGCGAUUUUCUGAUUAAAAAGUCUUUGAAUUU